AUGCACCUCCGCGAGCCGGUCGAACAACUCGGUGGAAAUCAUCUGGACGAAGCGAGGUCCGAAUCGGUCAUUUGCCACGACGAGCUUUUACCGUGGCGCCGCGCCUCUGCAAAACAAGAUGUCCCAACAUUUGAUGUCAUGCACCAUUCGAGUUUCCUUCGGCACGCCAUCGACCAGCCAAGCAUGGUAAAACGCGGCUGCCACUGGUGGCCCUUAAUUCUAUCUGCUGUUGUUGUGGCCGCGGGCGUCGUGAUCGCCACGUACUUCACCAAGACGGGGCUGUUUGCGCCAAGCACGGGCGACCCUCCAAACACGACUGCUGCAAACAUCUCGGCCAACUCGACCAAGCCAAAUGCCACCGAGGCCAACGUGACGGUCGUGUGCGAUUCGCGGCGAAUGUUCCUGGACGACCAGAACAAGUGUCAAGCAUGCCCCGAGCCCAACAAGACGUUCUCCAUCUUCUGGCAAAGCCACACUGAUGGCUGCCGCGAGUUUAUGAAGACGGCGGCGUUCCAAUACGUCACGCACGUAUACUGGGGCUUUGCGGUAAUCAACAACAAAACAGGCGCGGUCGCGCAGACAUUCCAAGGCAACGACGCCACGCUCUUGGACUGCGUGAACGCCAUGAAGAAAAAAUGCGUGCAGCAGUAUGCCAGCAUUGGCGGCGCCACGGAACGCGCAAACUUUGUCGCGUUGAACACGCCCGAAAAGAUUGCAACGUUUGGUCAAACAGCAGCAGCGUUGGUGAAGAAAUUUGGCUUUGACGGGAUCGAUAUCGACGACGAAAGCGGAAACAUCCUGGCUGGCGGCAAUUGGAAAAGCAAUGCCAGCUCCCACGUUGUGUCGUACCUGCUCGCGAUUCGCAAGGCCCUCGACGACCUCGACCGCAAACCGAACGAGCCACGGUUUGGACUCACGUGGGACGAGUUCCCGACCUCCGUGGACUCGAAUUGCAAUGAUCCCAACGGUGACUACCAGCGAUGCUACAACCCGACGAUCGGCGAAGUCGUCGAUCAAGUCAACUUGAUGAUGUAUAAUGUCGAACGAGGGUCGGCCUACGACACAUUGCUCAACGUGACGAUUCCGACAGUUUGGACUGCAGCCGUGCCGCCAUCGAAACUUGUCUUGGGGGGGUGCGUCGGCAAGCCUGGUGACGAAGGUGCGUGUGCGUUUGGUGCGUCGCCAUCUCUGCCCCAGUUGCAACGGUAUGCAUCGGAUGGCUACACCAAGUACGGUGGCACGAUGCUUUGGACUGGUUCGGCAGACUAUCAGCUGAACAAAGGCACGACCGUUGAAGCCAUGGGCAAGUCCAGCGGCUAUGGCGCGUCACCACCUGUACCAUCGACCAAAUAAUGCAACCGGAGCAGCACGAUCCGCUCAGUAAAUCAAUCUUUGCGUACACAACCACCAUCUAAG